AUGCCGGUAGUGGUGCCUAUAACGAUUCCACCGAUCAUCAUACCAACGAUCAUCAUACCGACGAUCACGCUACCGACUGUUCCGACAGUCACACUUCCGAUCGGCCCGACUGUGGGCCCGGCCGCAUGUCCCAUCUGUCAGUGCCCCCAAACCAGCGACGGUCUCGUCACUGGCCUGUUGCAAAUCAUUUUUCAAAUCCUGCAGACGACCACAGGAAGCAACACCGUGGCCUGUGCCUUGCCGCUGGGCGGUGUAACGCUGCCCAACGUCAAUAACAUUCUUCUAGCGCAGCCGCAGAACAACGGUGUCGUUCCGGAUCUACUGCAAUUGGUCAGCCAAGCUCUACAGGGUCUGCUGGGUGGGACGGGCGGAACUCUACCGAUCGCCCAAUCGCCUCUGUCGUCCAUCAACGUACUGUUGGGACAGCUGAAAAAGGCGGGCGUAGUACCGGAGCUUCUGCAAGUCGUGAGCCAAGCGUUACAAGGACUUCUCGGUGGUGGUAGCAGCGGAGUAGCAGGGGUUUCGCUUCCCCUGGGCCUGGGAUCGCUUACUGGAGGAACCGGAUCGCUUUUGCAGGGACUUUCACUUGGUGGUUUGUUGGGUCAGACCGGUGGCGUCGUACCGGAUCUGUUGCAGGUCGUAAGUCAAGCCGUGCAGGGACUUUUAGGUGGCGGAAGCUCUUCGCUCGGAAUCGGAUCCAUACUAACCGGUGGACAGUCGCUGCCGCUCUGUCCUGGCAUAACGGUGCUACCUCCGACCUGCUCCGUCCAAACGAGCAGCAGCAGUGCGGUACAGCAGAUUGUGGCGCUCAUCACGGUUCUCCUGCAGAACCUUCUGGGUUGCGUAUCGCAGCUGCAGUGUGCUUCUUCACCCGCGGUCACUAUACCGCCCAUUACGAUUCCGCCCAUAACUUUACCGCCCAUCACCUUACCACCGAUAACUGUAACACUACCGGACGUAACGUUACCGGUGAUAACCCUGCCAACGUUGCCUUCCAUAACGCUUUCACCAAUCGUUUCCCAACCAUCCGGAGCUUGUGGCACUGCGGUGUCGACCAAUUUGGGUUUAAUACAGCAGCUGCUUCAGAUCGUCUCGAAUCUUCUGCAGGGCCUACUGGCACCAGUUACUCUGGCCCCGAUUACGCUUCCGAUCACAUUGCCGGCCAUAACGCUACCGGCCAUAACGCUGCCGGCCAUAACGUUACCCUCCAUAACGCUGCCGAGUUUGGGUUCGGGUGGCACUGGAAUUUCGCUAUCGGUCCAGGCCAACGUGGAUCUGCUCAGUGAUCUGCUGCCGGCGCUAAUCACUUUGCUUCCACUGCUUCUCGUACUGCUGCCCUCGCUGCUGGGGACACUGUCUUCGCUUCCUCUGCCGACGUCAGCGCUAGGCAUCCUCGCCGAUCUGCAGUCCAAUCUGGGGCUGCUGAGUGGAGUGCUGCCGGUUGUGUUGAGCUUGCUGGAGAGCCUGCUGGGUUCGGGUUCGGGCUCCGGGGGCAUAACAAUCCCGCCGAUCACUAUACCCACGAUAACUCUACCAACUAUCACGCUGCCAACCGUCACAUUGCCAACGAUUACCCUUCCGACGGUUACCCUGCCAACGGUGACAAUUCCUACGCUACUCGAUGGCAUCCUGUAG